GUUCUGAUAUAUUGUCAAACACGUGCGUGAAUUCGUUCGCGUUUCGUGAAAAAAGUAAAAAAAUAUGAUAAAAUCAGACUUUUAAUAGUAACAUAUAUUCGUCAAAGUGAUUAUUAAGGACCAUCAAAAUGGUCGUAAUAGGAAAGAAAAAGUAUAAAUCCGGAGAGGGAGCUCAGUUUAUGACCAGAAAAUCUGCCCUCAAAAGAUUGCAACUUUCCCUCAACGAUUUUCGUAGAUUAUGCAUCAUCAAAGGAAUUUACCCCCGCGAGCCGCGAAAUCGAAAACGAGCUCAGAAGGGCCAACCAGGCAUCAAAACUUUAUACCACAAAAAAGAUAUUCAGUUUUUGAUGCACGAGCCAAUUAUUUGGAAAUUGCGCGACUACAAGAUAUUUAACAAAAAAGUCGGUCGAGCGCGCGCCUUGAAAGACUUUGGAGAAAUGAAGCGAUAUUUGAGCAAUCAUCCGACUUUGAAGAUAGAUCACAUCGUGAAGGAGCGCUAUCCAACCUUCAUUGACGCUCUCCGAGAUUUGGACGACUGUCUCACCCUCUGUUUUCUCUUCAGCACAUUUCCCUCGAUGCCGCACAUUCCCCGCGAUCAAAGCAUUCUCUGUCGAAGAUUGACUGUCGAAUUUAUGCACGCUGUAAUUGCCGCGAAAGCGCUCAGAAAAGUUUUUGUCUCGAUCAAGGGCUACUAUUAUCAGGCGGAAAUCAAGGGCCAGACAAUCACCUGGAUCGUGCCACACCACUUCUCUUUCGAGCCGCAAAAAAAGAAUGAGGUUGACUUCAAAGUCAUGUCGACCUUUGUCGAAUUCUACAUUGUGAUGCUGGGUUUUGUCAAUUUCCGGCUCUACCAUGCCCUCAACAUUUUUUAUCCGCCUAAGUUCAUUGCUGUCGAAAAAGCUGAUAGAAUUCUCGUAGAUGAGGAUGCGUUUGUAUCAGAAAGAAUUUCUGCCCUGAACGUUCCGCUGCUUCCUUUGACUGCCAAUGUGCAAACAGGUGAAGAAGAGGAAGUCGAAAUUGAUAACUUCUCGAAGGAUGUGGACCCUUCAGCUCAAGAGGAGGCCAGACAAGAAGCGGAAAAGAUAAAAAAAUUGAAGACUUUGUUUAAAGGUUUGAAAAUUUUUAUAAAUCGCGAAGUUCCAAGAGAACCACUGGUUUUUGUAAUUCGCGCACUUGGCGGCGAGGUUUCCUGGGAUAAAACGCUUUUCGUUGGAUCUUCAUUUCACGAGACUGACGAGACCAUCACUCACCAGAUUGUGGACAGGCCGAGUAUGGAGAAAGAAUAUUUGUCAAGAUAUUACGUGCAGCCGCAGUGGGUCUUUGAUUGUGUGAAUGCUCGUGAGGUGCUGCCAGUUGAAAAGUAUCUGAUGGGUGCUGUACUUCCACCUCAUCUCUCACCUUUCUCAGACAAUCGACGAGAUCAAACGUACAUUCCGCCCGAGGAGCGCGUCCUCAUGGAUCCUGAGUACCGACUCCACAAUCUCGAAGAGGAGGAGGACGAGGACGAGGAAGCUGAAGGAGAUGCGAGCAACGAGCAAGAGGAAACAGAAGCCAACGAAAGCACGAAUGAAACUGCCGGCAAGGAAGAGGAUGUGGAGAUGGACGUGGAGGAGGAGGAGAAAAAGGAAGAAGAUGAGCGAGAACGCGAAAGGAUACUCAAGAAAAAGAAGAUGAAGACAAAAGCGGGAGAGGUGAUAAAGGAAAUUCCUUGGGAGAAGGAUCGGCAGGAGAGGCAGGAAUAUAGACUUCGGGAGAAAAUGGUGAAAAAGAAGCAUCGUAAAUUGUACAAGAGUAUGAUGAAGGGAAGAGAAGACAGGGCGAAGGAAAUCUGGCUUUUGAGGAAGAAGAGGCGUCUGCACGAAAAUGCGGAGAAGGAGAAGCAGAAAGAAAUAAGAAAGGCCAAGAAAACGACCAAGGCUGAAUAAAUGAAUUUCUGCGAAUUUUCGUUGGAGAUUGUGAGUUGAAAAGUUUGAUUAAAGUAUGAUUUUAUUAUUAUUAAACGAGA